AAGCACUUGAAGGCAGCAGUUUAGUCUGCAUGCGUUGGUUACGACACAUCUUGUCAUCCAAAUGUAAGAGGACACCGCUUCCUGGUGUGGACUUAUAAUAAUGGACUGAUGAGAGGCAGAGAGGAGGUAGAGCUGCUGCAGUCGGAAUAGAAGAGACAUCGUAUACAGUCGGAGGAAUGUCAGACGUAAACAAAUCUGCAGAGGAUGGCGGCCCCUUCUCGUCGAAGGUCAUCAGAAUCGUGUUUAUCACCCUGCUGCUGGACCUGCUGGGAUUUACACUGAUUCUUCCUCUGCUGCCUUCGAUUUUGGAUCAUUAUGCCCAAACAGAGGAUGGCGUGUAUCAGUCUCUGCAGAGUGUUGUGGACUGGUUCAGGGAGGCUGUGGGGAUUCCCAUGGAAAAGAAAUACAACAGUGUCCUGUUUGGAGGUCUGAUCGGGUCGCUGUUUUCUCUGCUGCAGUUCCUGUCGUCACCUAUAACCGGGGCUCUGUCAGACCACCAUGGCAGACGACCCUUACUCAUUCUUACCACAUUAGGGCUGAUGUCCUCCUAUGCAGUCUGGGCCGUUUCCCGGAGCUUCAGCAUGUUCCUUUUGUUUCGAGUAAUUGGGGGCAUUUGUAAGGGCAACGUCAGCCUCUGCACUGCCAUUGUGGCCGACUUGCCUUGCCCGAAAGCACGGAACCGAGGAAUGGCUAUGAUUGGCGUCGCCUUCUCCUUGGGCUUCACCGUGGGACCUCUGAUGGGCGCCUACUUUGCCCUCAGCUCCAAAACAACGGGAAACGUCUUCUACCAAACUCCAGCUCUGCUCGCCUUGGCCUUCAGUGCCGCUGAUCUGCUCUUCAUUUGGGUCAUGCUGCCAGAGACGCUCUCAAAGGAUGUCAAGGCUUCAUCUUCAGGAUUCAGGGACUCCAGAGACCUUCUGAACCCGCUAUCUUUGUUCCAUUUUUCAGCUGUUUCUAGGACAAAAGAUCCACCUCCAAAAGAAAGAAUGCAGAAGCUUCAAGCGCUGGGCCUGGUUUAUUUCUGCUACCUCUUCCUGUUCUCUGGUCUGGAGUUCACGCUGAGUUUUCUGACUCACCAGCGCUUCCACUUUACAAGUAUGCAGCAGGGGAAGAUGUUCUUCUUCAUUGGUGUCAUUAUGGCUUUGAUCCAGGGCGGGUAUGCUCGCAGAAUCAAACCGGGGCAGCAUGUCAAGGCAGUUCAAGUGGCAAUCAUAGUAUUGAUCCCAGCGUUCAUUGUCAUUGGGCUCUCAUGGAAUACAACGAUGCUUUAUGUAGGCUUGGCGUUGUACUCAUUUGCGGCUGCAAUAGUAGUUCCAUGUCUGUCAACGCUUGUUUCUGACCACGGUACAGCCAAUCAGAAGGGCACAGUGAUGGGGAUCCUGCGUAGUUUGGGCGCUCUGGCCAGAGCACUUGGACCAGUCAUGUCAUCCUCUGUUUACUGGAUAGCUGGAGCCCAGAUCUGUUUUCUCCUCACCUCAGCCUCUUUCGUUAUCCCUCUGGCUCUCCUGAGAACAGCAAGACGGCUAAAGGAGGAGUGAGGGACACAAAUACUUGACAGAGACUCUGACUGCAGAGACAUUUUACAGUUUAAAUGAAUGUUAUGAUGUUUACAUCCGCUGGGAGAACAAGCACUGACGUCUUACUUUGACACGAACAAAAAUAAUGAGAUACAAACUCUCUGCACUGCUCAUCAAGGAUCAUCACAUCAAACAAAAUAACGCCAGAAGACGUUGCACAUGCCAAAACAGAGGGACGUGUUGAACAAAUGGGAAAUGAGUGGAUGUAAUGUAGACCUGUGCAUAUUGUGAAAUGUAUGGAUGAGGGUGGGUUACAAAUAACGUUUAUGCUCAUAGGUAUCAUUUUAUAAUGCAGUAUUUUAUCAAUCACUCAGAUUUUAUAUUUUGCAAAGUAGCUUUUUAUUUUAGCUCACUUUAAAAAUGUGGAUAUUCUAUUUUCUUGUUAUUAAAAAAAGAAUAAACAAGCAAGACAGCA